AUGGCGUGGACUGACCAACGGUCCCACCCAGACCCAGACCCGGAUCCAGAACCAAAACAGACCGUUUCCAGUCUCAGGACUCGCACGGCCUCAUCACCAGCCGUCCUCUUCCUCCUCCUCCUGCUCGCUGCGUUUGCGGGCCUCUGCACAGCCGGCCCUCCGAAGCCGGCCCGCCCCCCUCUCCUCUCCGGUCAGCCUUUCAUUAUUUUUUGGGGCAUCCCUGACUCCACCUGCUCAGGGAGGACGGACCCCAGGUCUUUCGGGAUGGAGCGGGCAGGUCGCGUCGCCGUCUUUUAUGAAGACACACUGGGAAACUACCCGUACUUUAUCGACCGGGACACUCCCGUCAACGGGGGGCUCCCGCAGCACAUGCGCCUGGACAAUCACCUCCAGAAGACGCAGCUGGAUCUGGAUGCAGCCUUGCCAGCUCCCAGGUACCUCGGGCUGGGGGUGCUGCGCUGGGCCGAGUGGGUCCCCCAGUGGUCCAGAAACCGAGAGAAGCAAGAGAUGUAUCGGGAGGCAUCAAGGAAGCUUCUGCAGGCUUUCUUUCCUAACUGGACCCCAGAGGAGCUGGAGAAGUGGUCAAAGGUGGACUUCGAGGCUGCAGCUCAGUCCGUCAUCACAGAAACCCUCCGAGAGGCCAGAAGGCUGCGGCCCAAAGCGCUGUGGGGCGUCUCUCCCUACCCCAGCUGCUACAACGGCGACCCCGCCCAAACUGCGUUAGCCAAUUACACCGGCAGGUGCCCCGCUUCAGAGAUGUCCCUUAAUGACGAACUGGUAUGGCUCUGGAAGCGAAGCUCCGCCCUCUACCCCUUCCUCAGUCUGGAGAAGCUGCAGGGCGGGACCCCGGGAGCAAAGCUUUAUCUGUCCAGUCAAAUUAAAGAAGCUCUUCGAAUCUCAUCUCUGUCUGGAGCAGAGCCUGAUCUGCCCGUCUUCCCUCUGGUCAAAAGUGUCUACGUCUCAACCAACACUUUUCUGUCGCAGACUGACCUGGUCAGCACGAUAGGAGAGAGUGCAGCCAUGGGAGCAGCAGGAGUCGUCAUUUGGGAGAGAAGCGAGACCAAGACUGAGAGAGAGUGCCAGGACUUGGCCGAGUUUGUCCGUAAGGUCCUGGGUCCCUACUCGACGAACGUAACCACGGCAACGCGACUCUGCUCCGCCUCCCUUUGCCAGGGAAGGGGUCGAUGCGUCCGUCAAAAUCCAGAAAGCUCUGCCUAUCUCCACCUCCCACCUCCUCCCACAGCAGCAGAAAAAGUCACUGAGAAGGCGGAGGCGGCGAAGGCCACAGAUGAGCCAGACACAGACGCUAAAGCAGCCGAACCAGAUCCAGCCGAGAUCUGGAAGAAAGACUUCCAGUGCCAGUGGUACAAGACGUUAGACAGGGACGCCUCGGACCAGCAGUCCCCCCAAGACGGAGUAUCUGUUCGGGCAACAGGAGAGGAAACUCCUGGAGCUGCAGUUAGAUCGACCACGACCUCCACCACGGGCCCCGCGACAAAACGUGCCUCUGUGACCGAGAUGAGAGGCGACGCUUCGCCUGGCACAGGAAGCCCGACGCCUUCACUGGGAGUCCCCGCGGACGGGGGGGCCGACCCCCACAAUGCACCUGACUUGACUGUCCUGCUGUUGCUGGUGGCUGGAAGCCUUUGCCUGGAACCUUAA